UCCACCCCCAACACUUUUGGAUUUCAUCUUCGUCCACUGUCAAGCUUACGGUGACACAUAUUGGGACUAUUUGGAGAUUCUGAUCAUCAAGAGGUGAACUUCGGAGUCUAUUGGACACCCUAAUUCCUCGCCAAGGUCAUCGCAGAUUGGCCCUCGAGCCAUAGCUACCCUCGCAGCUCCAAGAGCUUCCCCCUCGCUUUCGCCAUCGGAAUCAUGUUAAUCUGAGCGAAGCUGUGGGUCAUUCGCUACGGCCGCCUGGGUCAUUAGACACUAUAGAUCUUCAAUAUGAACACUCUCAGUCGUCUUGAUAAUCACCUCUCCUCUUAUUUUAUCAGCACACCACCGCCUCGGUCUCCUUCCCGGCGCAGUUCAUCGCAUUCCCCGUCGUCUCCUAGUCUAACACGAUCCUCCUCAAGUCGCCACCACAGUGCUUCCGGCGCUCGCUCACCCUCUGGCCCAAGGGGCAGACGACGUGGUCGUCGUCCGAAACCCACCACCUCGAAUGUCAAAGUUCCUCCUCCCUCCACUCCAGUCCUCCUCCGCAUCCUAUUAGCUUUAUGGUCCAUACUCUUGUCAUUUUGGCAAUCUCUGGUCGGCGAGAUUCGUGCAGAGAGGCUCCAGCGCAAACGGGCUGCUAGGCUACUACAGCAUCUCACAGGUGCCGCUGCAGCGCCUGCAGAGCAGAAAGAACGGGAUGAUGGGUCUGGCAGUGAUUCAGAGGCAGCCAGUAGUGAAGAUGAACCGUGGAUCGAUCCUGUCACGAGAGCGCCAGAGACAACGCUUCAUGAGAAUGACUCUAGCUCCGCCUUGUUCGCUGGUGACAAUUCUUCAGAGCCUUUCACCUUUCGACUCCCGUCGGCCGAGAAGAAAGAGGGCGAAUCUUCCACAUCAAAUCCUUCGAAUGGCCAGCUGACCUCCAUCCUCGACAACCCCAUACUCUCCAGCCCAGGUAGCCGCUCGAAACAAGCUCGACUCUUGCCGAAUCCAAUGUCGACCUCUCUCCUUGAUCCGUCCGUUCCCGUUGUUCCCGCCUCCCAAACCAUAAUGACGAGAGGAUCAUUAUCAAAAUAUCCACCGAGGCCACAUCAGACCCCCUUCCAUUUGCAGAAGACCUUGAUCUUGGACUUGGAUGAGACUCUGAUACAUUCAACCGCUCGUCCUUUAUCAUAUGCUGCCAGUGCGGGAGGAGGAUUGCUUGGACUGAGUUUUGGAGGACUGUUUGGCAAAGGCAGAAGGAGAGAAGGGCAUACUGUUGAAGUCGUUCUGAGGGGCCGCAGUACAACGUAUCAUGUCUACAAGCGACCAUACGUUGAUCACUUUCUCAAAAAGGUCGCGUCGUGGUAUACGCUCGUCAUAUUCACCGCUUCCAUGCCUGAGUACGCAGAUCCCGUCAUCGACUGGCUAGAUGGAGGCAGGGGUUUAUUCGCCAAAAGACUGUAUCGCGAAGACUGUUGUCUCACUCAGCCAGGAUCAUACGUCAAAGAUCUGUCCCUAGUAGAACCGGAUCUAAGUCGAGUCUGUUUCAUGGACAACUCGCCAAUAAGUUAUAUGUGGAACAAGGCCAACGCUCUGCCUGUCGAAGGUUGGACAUCAGACCCAAACGAUGAGGCUCUACUACAUUGUAUUCCGGUCCUUGACAGUCUGCGCUUUGUCAAUGAUGUUAGGCGGGUCCUGGGCAUCCGCGGAUUCUGGUAAACAUGCAUUUGUA